AGUCUGUGUAUUGACUGCACCGUGCCUUGCCUAGCUGAUGGAGAGGAAACCAUCUCUCUCUCUCUUUUUCCUUCUCUCCCCCUCCACGUUAUUGCUCCCCUCUUUCUCUCUCUCUCUCUCUCUCCCUCUCCCAGGAUCGUAUCCGGCCUCUCCCACUGCAGUCUCUGACCUUCAACUAGCCUGGGACCAUGCAAGCCUGCCUGCCCAGCUAUGCCCUGCAAAGUGCAGCUGUCCUGUUUCCAACCCUGCAGGUCGUAUCUAACCCCGGUGAGAGAUGAGGAGGCAGAGUCUCAGAGGAAGGCCAGGUCUCGACAGGCCAGGCAAACCCGCAGAUCCACACAGGGUGUGACCCUGGCUGAACUGAAGGAGGCUCAGAGGACCUACAGCCUGUCUCCUCUGGACAGAGACAGACAGACAGAGGAUGAAUGUAGCAGACCGACUGACAGGUCCUGUCUGCGUGGGGCUACAGCGGACAGAGGAGAGGCCAGGUCCAGCCUGGCACAGUAUAAGGAGACAGAGGAUCAUAUUCCUACAUGGAGCAGGGAGAUAGACGAGCUUGGAAAUCAUAGAUCAAGGCUGGGGACCAUAGAGGCAGAGUAUUCCACUGCAGGACCAUGCCUCACAUCUCCCUCUGCCAGUGGACCCUAUACCCUGCCUUUCUCCUCCAGCCUGGCCAACCGCACAUCCUCCAGAGUUGUUGAAUGGAAAGAUGAAAACCAGAACCCCGUUGAGGAUCCCUCCAAACGUGUCCUCGCCACAAGAGAGAAACAUCUUCGGUUCUGCGACCAAGAGGCAGAUGAAACCUACCAGACUUUUAAGCAUGACAGGGCAUCAAGGUCGGACUCUGGUGGUGGGGACAGCAAGGCUGAACCCCUGGGCAGAACCAGCUCCUACACACGGAGGGAGACCAGACUUGCAGCGCUGAACAAGCAGGAGGACUACAAGAAGAUGUAUGAAGACGCCUUGGCAGAGAAUGACAAGCUCAAGUCCCGGCUGGAUGACAGCAAACAGGAGCUGACCAAGAUACGCACCCAGCUGGACAAAGUCACCCAGAAACAGGACAGAAUAUCUGAAAGGUCCACUGUACUUGAAUCAGAAAAAAGGGAAAAACAGGCUCUGGAGAAGAGGGUAACAGACAUGGAGGAGGAGCUAAAGCAGGAAGCUGCCCCAGUGAGAAAUUUCCGCUGUGGGUACCAGCCCUGAGCCCCGAGCAUGAGGCAGGCUGGCUCAGGGCCAGGGAGGGGGGACGGGACGGUGAGUGGUCUGGUCUGUACGCCACGGAGGAGUGAUUGACACCUGCCUGUCACCUCACCUCUUUAGAGACCUGGGCAUGAACACAUGUCUGUGCACACAAACAAACACACACAUUGCAUACGUUAGAGCACAUACACCAGAUACGUAUGUAAAGUCAUAUCCCCGCAGGCUGGCUGUAAUGUCAUUACAACCAGAAACUAGGUUGUUUGGACGUCAUUGCAACAAGUUUUGCUCACUGGGAUAGAGAUAUGCACAUACAACAUUAUACAGAUGCUUUUUCUCUAUUCACAUAUACUGGUGUGUUUCUACACUUUUCCCUGUGCCACAGUGUCUGUCCAAUGUGUGGAAAUUCUGGUUACUCUCUAUGGCUCUUUCUUCUUUUGGAUGAAGGGCUAGGAUUAUUUCUGUCAGCCUCUGAAACUCCAGCACUGGCAAAAUUUGUGAAUUUAUCUACAGGGCUUAGUGAAGUCAGCUCUGGUAGAUAUCAAAGAGUUCAAGAGCAUUAAAACAUCUUGAUGGAUAAUUAUGUAUUCUCUCUCAAUCGCACCCCUCUGGCUCCCUCCUCUCUCUCUCUCUCUCUCUCUCCACUCCAAGAUACACUUUUUAAUAGUGGUCCUUCAGAACAGUGUGUUGUGAAAGGCUUACAGAGACAGCACAGAGAAACAGUCUGACAUAUCCAUGGAAUUUUCAGUCCGAGUAAAGGCAGACUUCAAAUGGUUUCCUCCAAAGUGCCCUGGGGUGUUAGCAGCUGGAUCUCCUCCAUCUCUUUCUCCCUAGCCUUCUCUCUUUCUCCCUAGCCUUCUUCUCCUCACUCGGCUUCUCUCUUCUCUUUCUCCCCAGCUUCUCUCCUCCCUUCAGGCUCAUCUUAACUUCCCUUUCUACCUGACUUUCUUUUCCUCUCUGGGUUUCUGGGGAGAAGCCUCUGAGGCCACUCUCUGAGCCACAUGGGGCUCUACUUUCCUCUGUCUCUGUGUGUGCUACCUCCUUGCCUGCCUGUGGUUUUCCUUAGGAACGGCAUCAAACCACAUACCUCUCCACUGAUCCACACUGAUGUUUACCUCAAAGUCUUGCCAGGGAACCCAGGGAAAUUAAUCAUUUCCAUUGUCCUAUAACUUAUUGGGCUCUCUUACUUAUGGCUCAAAUUGAAUGUUAUAUUGAAAGUCCCCUGCCCUCUUCUCACCCCAGCAUGACUGACAAGCUAUGUAAUCCAUAUAGCACCUCCCCAGCCACUGCCUUUUAAAACUGCCCAGGUUUGUGGAGAGCAAACCUAAGGAUAGCUCCCUGCUGUGCUUUUCUUUUGCAUAGAUGUCUCUUUUGACGAUUUAUUUCUUGUUUCCUUUUACAGUAUCUCUUUGUGUGUGAAUGUCAUUGAGGAGCUCCUCAGUGUGUACGUCUGCCUCUGUGCGUGAAUGCCUGUGUGUGUUUAUAUCUCUACCUCCUCCCUUGCACUGGCCUGCCCCCCUGCUCUCUCUUUCUAUCUCUCCGUCUCUCUGAAUUCCUGUGUGUAUAGGCCCUCUCUGUUCUGGCACUGCGGAGCGGCAACGAGCGUCUGCUGGCUGAGAACAGGGCCAUGCUGCGUGUCCUCGCCCGCCUCUCCGAGAUG